AUGAAGAAAGUCAUCAUGAUCAAACUUGAAGUCAGUGGAAAUACCAGUAAGAAGGAACAAUUGAAGUGGACAGGGAUUAUGGACAAUGCCUUCAUUCAAGCAAUAAUAACGCAACAAGAUAAAGGUAAUAGGAUCAAUGGGACAUUUACUACACAGGCAUACGCUAAUAUGAUUGAAGAGCUGACUACAAAACUUCCAAGAGAGAUUAUUAAAAUGGAGAUUACUAAAAACCAUUUGAGGAAUCGUUUAAAAACACUAAAAUUACGUUUUUCUCAAUGGUACGAUAUGUUUCGAGGAACUUCAUUGAGUGGGUUCUCAUGGAAUCCUGAUACUCAACUAAUUGAAGCAGAGGAUGAAGUAUGGAAUAAGUUGAUAGAGUCAAAACCCGAGGCUGCAUCAUUGAAGACAAAAAAAGUGUCAAACUACAACGAACUAUUAGCGCUAUUUGCAAGGGAUAGGGCGUCGGGUAUACAUGCUGAAACUGCUAAGGAAAUGAAUGCUCGAUUGAACAAUAAUGACACCAUUAAUAUAGAAACGAUUAUAGAUGUGGAUGACUUACUAGCGACCAAUGAAAUAACUUUGGAGAACGAGUACAAUAUUGAAGAUGAUAUUCAAGUGUUAGGUACUACGCCUCCUCCCCAUGAACAAUCUUCUAAUGCAAAAAAGUAUAAAACUAAAAAAAGAAAACUUGAGCAUGAAGAUGAAACAUUUAACUCAAAGCUUAUAAAUUGCUUUGAGAAUGUUGCUAAUGCUAUUGUAGAUGGCAAUAAAAUAUUAGAUAGAGUUCAUCAUCGUGAGUAUACAGGUGAGGAAAUUUAUAAGGAAUUGACGCCGAUGGGUUUGGAGUCCCAUGAAAUACCGAAGGCUUUAAAUUAUUUAGCGACCAAUCAGGCAAAAGCAAGGACAUUAUUUAGUUGUCCUCCUGAAAUACGAAUGGAUGUACUUAAAGAUAUGAUGGGUGCGGAUAAAUAA